AUGAUGCCGAGCGGUCGUAUAAUUCCCUUUCAUAUCCUCCUACACGUUUUUCGAGGAGCAUUUGGUUUAGAAUGCUACGUUGGAAAUUUUGGUAGAUCGAUAACAACGAAGACUUCAUUAGGAAAGUACUGCGCAGUAUUUAUUUAUUAUCCUUGUGAUGGUGAACGAAAAGGCUACUUCGACUGGAGUGAAGUUGAUAUCGCACGCCCAAUGUGUCUUCCUACAAGACAAUAUUUUGCAUGUCAUUGCAAUACUGAUUUAUGCAACAUGGAUUUCAAAGCUUUUCUGGAACUUUGGAAGUCGUCACCUGACUACAAAAAAGAAAGUGUACAUACCAAAUGCCUUUUGAAACUUUCAUCAGCUGCAGCCCUAGUGAGGGGCAGCUCCCAACUUUUUAUGAGUAAAAUUACAAUGAUUAUUUUUACUUCCGUUGAUCGUCCUGUAGUGCGCUUAAUGUUAAGGAGAACCCAGUUGCUCACGGCUCUGGUCCAACGGUAG